AUGUCAAACCCAACACCCCCCGUCGGAAUGCAGGGUUCGUACGGGGGUCAACCUCAAUCCGCAGGUGGUGCCGGCAACAACCCGCCCGCGGCCACGUCCAGCACGAGCAACCCGCCAUCCGCCCAAAAUCUCAAUCAAAUUGUUACGGACUAUUUGAAGAAAAAGGGCUUCACCAAAACCGAGGCGAUUUUCCGCCAAGAGACAGCUUUCUUGGGCCCCGAUGGGCGGCCUGCGCAACGGAACGAAGAGUCGGGUCCGAAAAAGUACCAGAAGGCUUUCCUCUUAUUACGGAACUGGAUCGAAAACAAUCUCGACAUCUAUAAGUUCGAGUUAAGAAAGUUGCUCUGGCCCGUUUUCGUCUACUCGUACAUCGAGCUUGUCAGCCAGGGCUAUACCGAUGAUGCGAAGCAUUUCCUCGAGACUCUGCGGUCCCAGUUUGAUGCGGUACAUCAGGACGCUCUCGCUCUACUGGCUACCGUCACACUCCCUCAACACGUCGAAGAAAACAAAACAACUCGACUGUAUCGUGAGAACAAGUACCGCAUUCCACUGAACCAAUCACUCUCGGGAAAUUUGUUCCACUUUCUUGAGCGCGAGUCCGAUGAAGGCGGUGCGACGAUUACCUACUUGUUGCAGACGCAUUGUAGCGUUGAAACGAGCGCUCGUGGACCUAUCGAGCCUUACAGCUUUGAGGCCAUCUACCGCCGCGCCCAGAAUCUUGACCUGGAUGAGGCCGAUGCGCAGGAAGGCAUCCCAGGCGUUUUUACCGGCGUUUCUAACCGCGAUGUUCUCGACACUAGUGCCAAGCUGAAGCUCGGCCCUAUGCCCCUCGAACCCGAGCUAAGAGAUGAUGUUCGGGCCGAACUAGAGGAUGAGGACCAGCGUCAUCCACCGGCCGACGGCCGGCCCUCGUUGGUCGAAGAGUUUGACAAACGCAUCAAACGCGAGGACAGCCCAGAUGCGCCCUCACGUACCGACCUACCGCUUCCACCCUCCCGUGCGAGGGAUGUCGUAAUGGAGAUGCAGAAAGUACGUGAGAAUCGUGACCGAUUCCGGAUUGAAGGCCGGACCGGGGGCGUCGGAGUCCCAAUCUCGUCAUGCAUGUUCACGUUUCACAACACACUGGGAAGCGCUUCUUGCAUGGAUUUCUCCAAUGACCACCGACUCGUUGCCGUGGGCACUAUGGAUUCCUACAUUCGGGUGUGGUCCUUGGAUGGGAAGCCACUCUCGACCAGCAUCGAGGGCGAAAAAGAUCUCAAGGUAAACAACCGUAAGCUCAUCGGACAUUCUGGCCCGGUCUACGGCGUGUCCUUUUCGGACUCAAUCGCCAACUUGGGUCGCAACAUUUACGGCGAGGGCGAGGAGAAGAAACCGGACACGGGCACCAAGUUGCUCUUGUCAUGCUCAGCGGACGGUCAGAUCCGACUUUGGUCACUGGACGUUUGGGCAUGUUUGUGCAUUUACAAAUCCCAUUACGGGCCAGUCUUCCGCGUCCUCUGGAGUCCCCAUGGGCAUUAUUUUGCCACCGGCGGCUGGGACAAGACAGUUCGUGUCUUCUCUCAAGACCAUGCCUCGGCGCAGCGCCUCAUGGUGGGCCACGACACCAGCAUCUCCGCACUGGCCUGGCAUCCGAACGGCACGUACGUCUUUUCGGCGUCGGACGAGAUGGACAAAUCGAUCCGCAUGUGGUCAAUUUCGACAGGGAACUGCGUUCGGGUUUUCACCGGCCACACCCACUACAUCAGCGCGUUGCAGUGUGCCCAUAAUGGAAAAAUCCUUGCGAGUGCCGACUCUGGAGGAAACAUCAUUCUCUGGGACAUUGACAAGGGUACGCGGAUUAAGCGGUGCCGCGGCCAUGGCAAAGGCGGAAUUCCCUCCCUCAGCUUCAGCGCCGAGUCGAACGUUCUCGUAUCGGGUGGCCUGGACGGCACCGUUCGCGUCUGGGACGUCGAGCUACCUGCGGAUCCGAACAAGGCCAACCCCCUCGCGGGAGGCGCCGUCCAGGCAGCUGCACAAACCGACGGGGCGGUCGCUGGCGAUACCAUCGCCGUUGGGGGUUCCGUGGAUCGAGGCAGCAUCACGGUCGGUGGGCAGGCACCACCGGCGCCUGGUCCGACCGGAUCCGGAAGCGGAGGAGGCACAGGCGGAGGAGGCACUGGGAAGAAGAAGGGCAAAGAGGUUCAAAUCACCCCGGAUCAGAUCAGUGCUUUUGCGACCAAGAGAACGCCGGUCAUGAACGUACAGUUCACACGCAUGAACCUGAUUGUUGCGGGCGGUUGCUAUGACCCUGAGCGCUAG